CUUGGGUGGGCAGACUUAUCAACAGACUAAUUCUAUAAACAAAUGAAGGAAUAACCAAGCACUCCAUUGGCUGGUAGGAAAGGGACACGCGGAGAGAGAGCAGUGGGUUUCUGCAAUGAAAAUUUAAUUAAUGUGGGUGGGCUGAGAACACAACGAGUGUUUAUCAUAGACAAUUUAUUUUCCAGCGCAAAGUCAACAUAAAAUAGCAAACUUACAACAAUUAUUUAACAUUUUUAGGCUGAUGAGGCAGAUAGGCAGCGAGAGCCCGUGAGACGCCGCAGAGAGCAGACGGGGAGUCCGGUCGGGUCCCGCUUUGCUGCGGAUUCAACGCAACUUUGGUAGUUAGAUCUGAAGCGAAAGAGGAUUUUGCAAGUAUGAGCCUUUACGGCAGUCGACUCCAAUCGCUCGGGAUGCCGCCCUCGGCUUUGAAUCUUUCCAGCUCUUCUCUUAUAUACGUCUACAGCGGUGACAGUAGCGGCAUUGUGCCGGCCUUGGGGUUCGCUUCGGCUCGGCAGGAGCCCCCGCAGAAGCCGCCCUACAGCUACAUUGCCCUCAUCGCCAUGGCCAUUAAAAGUGCUCCGGAGCAGCGCGCCACGUUGAGCGGGAUUUAUCAGUUCAUCAUGGAGCGAUUCCCUUUCUACCAUGACAACAAGCAGGGCUGGCAGAACUCGAUUCGGCACAAUCUGUCGCUAAACGACUGCUUUAUAAAAGUACCGCGGGAAAAGGGCAGACCCGGUAAAGGUAGUUACUGGACACUUGAUGCCAAGUGUCUGGACAUGUUCGAAAACGGGAACUACAGGCGCAGGAAGAGAAAGACCAAGAACCAGGAGUCCCCCGAAAAUAAAUCGUUCCACAAAAGGAACGGAUCGCUUGUCCCUCCUCCUUGUUCCAGACCCCCCGCAAGCGUUCAGGUAGAAAUGGUAGAGAAGGAAACCAUCGAAACGGGGGGAGAAGGCGCUGGGAAGCAUCUACAGCUGAAGCUGGAGAAUGAACAGGAUGAUUCGGAUGGAAAGCAUGCAAUGCCCACGAAUCCCUCAACCCCAAUUUCCACUCAGGACUGGUAUAAGGCGUCGGAGGGGGACAGUGGAUUAAGCUUUGACUCAGCAGAGAAUGGUGGCAGCGUUUCAUGGGUAGAUAUGCAGCAUCAUAGAGGAGCCACCCCUAUCCAAAGCAAUGAGUCGGAAAACAGGUCGGCGCCCGAAGAGGCGCCACGGGCGAGAUCUCCCCUCCAAGUAGGUCAUUUGUCCACCCGUGCGUCCAGACCGAAAGGAGUGGAUCAAGUUAGCGGCACCCGAACUGCGCCAAAGUCCAAAGGUUUCAGCAUAGACAGCAUUCUGGCAAAAAAGGGGAAUCAAAACCAAAGCUUCCCGGAGGAGAGCUAUGCGCUCAACGCCUCGGUGAUGAUUGGAACCCGCGCCCCACAGUUGUAUCAGAUCGGAUUCCCCAUUUGCCCCUAUCUGUCGCUCACAUACCCAGAUAAAAUAUUCCAUUUCUAAUGAAGAGAUUUAGAAUAAUACUAGAGACUCCUUUAAUAUACCCUCAAAGGUCCUGUCUUACUGGUCCAAAAUAUGCAAAUAUACACACUUUUGGUAGGAGUGAAUACGUGUUUUUUUUCGUGUUGUACUAAUUGUUGUUUCAGAUUGUGACAAUGAGCGUUUCUGCAUAUAUGCUGUUUAAUUCACUAGAGGCCAGUUAUUGCGUCUUUCAAGUAAGGAACUUGGAGACGAAAUGAAUUAAGUCAAACCUUUUUCCAGUCCUAAGGACGCCAAGGCAGCUAGUUCGGCUGACCCGAUUUUUAUCGCUUUCUGGAUGUUUGUCUUUGUUGAGGUGUACCUGAGAAAUGUACCAACUGUUUUUAAAAACUCUGACACUGAAUUCUUAUGUUCUGCUUAACAUUUACAGCAGUAAAAAAAAAUAUAUAAUGAAACGCUUUGCGUUGCAAAAGCGUGAGGCCGAUGUAUUUCGUGAAGUAUGCAAUUGGGGACAGCGAAAUUCAUACCCAUGUAAAUCUUAAAAUGAAUGAUGACUAUCCGAGGCCAGUGCAUGUCCUGCACUCUGUGUGAUCACUGUAACCGCGAGCAGCACCUCGCCGUGAUAGUAAAUAAUUUUACAUUACAUUAUCUUUAAUCCUUGCAGCGUGCAGCUCCCUUUGUAAUUGUGAUGUCUGUUUCACCUUUAUGCUCGCAAAGCGGAUGCGGACUGCAGCCCACCGCUCUUGCUAUGACUGAGGGCAUCGCCGUGGAAAAUCUAGAUUUACCUUUUGAUGGGCUGGUACUGUGCAUCGAUGUUAACGUUUCGUAAAAAUUAAUAAAAUGUCUAUUUUUAUAUGCACAUUUGUCGCUUGAUUUAAUCAUAUUAGAU